AUGGAACGAUCUAUGAGUUUGUACGAAGAACCCUUGCUAGAUAGGGAUUUUAACACGUCCCCUUGUGAACUGGCAGAUGAGAAUGUCGUAGCAGAAACAAGUUUCUUGAAUAGUCUCGAUAGACUAAUGGUGGAUACAUUACGGAUGCUUUGUGAGGCGGAGGGGUUGCCUAGUGUGGGAAAUAAAAAAGAGAUGGCAGAAAGGUUAGCGGUGAAGACAGUAAGCAAGUUGAAAGGAAAGGACUUAGCCAUCAGGAAUCAGUUAGGUCAAGCUAGCGAACGUGCUAAUUAUGUUGAUGAUAGGUCAGGAGCAGAGGUUCGUAGAAAGGAAGCAAGUAGUAACAUGGAGCAAGUAGAGUCUAUUUAUGAUGAAGGAAGUGAUAAACGAUUCCAUGAACCAUCUAGAAAUGGGUUUAUGAACCAAGGGAAGGAUGAUAGGUUGGGUGAAGAAAGAAGGUAUUUGAUGUUGGAGAGGUCCUCAGAGAAGUCUUUGCAAGCGACGUUGGCUAAGGCUUUAGGUGAAAUGAAACAAAGUCUGUAUGUUAUUGGUAAUAAAGUGGAAGAGGAUAAGUUUUGGCCUGAGAUUAAGAUGAAUAGACCUAGAGAUCAGUAUGAAUACGAUGAGUGGCGCAGAAUUGGAAAAGAGCUAGAUGAAGCCCUACUAACAAAGUCAUUAGAACCUGUAGUAAGGGCUCGUGAGCUAGCUUAUACAUGGGUCUAUACUCUUCGUGUUGCUAAUAAGGAGGGUUGGGACAUUGCGGCAGCUCUAAGAGAUUCAGUCAAUGAAGACCCUAUGGAAGCAGCCCUUAGAGAAAAACUAAUUGUAGCAAGGCAGUCAGCUAAGAGUAAGAAGAGAAAAACAGACUAUGUUGCGGCACCAUUUCAUAAGUUUCCUGGAGAGGCAAGUAGUGUAUCCUUGUAUCAGUCCUUAAUGCUGCAACAACAGCAGUUGUUUAGUCAGUGGCCUCAACAGGUUCCUAGUAAUCAAGUACCCUAUCAAGAAAAUAGAUACAAAGUCAGCUCAAGUUUGAAUUCCAAAGAAGAAGUUGAAACUGCUGGAAGGAUUCAAAGUUUAGCUUGUGCAUUUCUUUCUGCUCAGGUAAAAUGUCUAAAGUUCUAUGGUCUAAUAGAUGCUCAAAAUCAGGAUUUUUGGAAUUGUGAUGAGGUUAUAACAUUGACAGUUCAAGCAAAAGAAGAUAUAAAUGCUUCUUUAACAGGAUGGUGUGGAACGUAUCUGAGUUACAAAGCAGCAAGAAGCUGGUCCUGUUCCUGUGUAGCAGCAGAAAUAGCACAACUUGAAAGCUUAGCAGUUCUAAGAGCCCUUCAGUCUUUUUGUGAUUCAACAGGUCUUAGUUCACAGCUUGGAAUGCAAAGUGACUAUAAUUAUAAUUUUGCCUGUCUGAGAAACAGCUCUGUGGUGGCCUCUGUUCCUUUUAGCUCCCAAAAUAGUUUGGAAUCUUUCACCAGCAUCUGA